AUGUUCAAAGUUACCAGGGCCAUGGCCAUGCGGCCCACGCGCAUGAUGAUGAUGCGCCAGAGCCCCCAGCUCUUCGUGCGCCAGACGCUGCAGAUGCGCAGCCCUGUGCCGAAGGAAGAGCAAGGUGCCCAUACCGCCUCCCAGCGUUUUCGCCAGCUCAAGAACAUUCCCACUGAGAUCUGGCCCCUCAUUGUGGUCCUCGGCGUUGCUGUCGUAGCCGCAAUUUUCUCCAUCACUCGUAAGCUCUGGGUCGACAAGACCCUCCGCCUGAAGAGGCAAGGCAAGCUUUCGUAG